AACAAUCGGUAGUUAUUCGGACACCGAACUGCGAAUGCGAACUUUGGCUGUGUUCCGAUAUUCACAGCCAAAGUCUGGUUGUAGUGUGGUGAACGCAUGUGUCUCAUAUCUAAAACGACUUCAGCCUACAUAAUUGUCCUACAUAAUUGUAAUAGGAUAUUUAUUAAAAGUGAAAGAGAAUAGAAGAAAAAAGGUAAUCGAGGAUUAGGUAUAGUGAAAAUGAAUCAAUCGCACAGAAAACGAAAGAAGCUUCAUCUGGAUCCAACGUACGACAGAAGAUUGUUAUCAAUAUCAACUCGUCGUAAAUGGAAUAAAAUACUUAACACAGUUUUACCAAGGAUACUACUUAAUGCAAACAAAGAAGGUCAUAUGAAUGAUUAUGCUGAAAAUGAACCUGAGAAUGUGCAACCAGAAGACGAAGAUAGCUGCAACAAUAAUAACGACGAUUCAGAAGAAAUACAAUCGGAAGAUGAAGAUAGUAACAAUGAUGGCGAGGAUUCGGAAGAAAUAAAUCCGAGGACAAUCACUGAUGAUUUUACAGAAAGAAGCAAUUCAGAACGUGAUAAAAGUAAAAUAAUGUUUAAAGAAUCUGAUUUAACAGUCAAUAGUGUUAUGCGUAUGGUUGCAGGGUAUUCAUUGCGGUUUGGACUGUCGAAUAACGCGAGAAAAAGUUUAAUUAAUGUCCUUAAAUUUUGUGCAGGGCCUAAUUUUACACAACUUAAUGUUUCGAAUUAUUAUUUUGACAAAACAUUUGACCCACCUAAUGACAAAAUACUGUUUCAUUACUAUUGUACAGAUUGCUAUUGUGAAAUAUACCGUACUAGAAAAGAAGAUUUUGUUAAUAUAACUAAAUUAUGCGAACUUUGUGAUAAAGAGUAUAACUUAAAUUUGUCGUGCGAGAACUUUUUUUUAUCUAUUGAUUUACGUUAUCAAAUAGAGUUACUUUUAAAGGCUAAAAGUAUUCGCACAGCAUAUAUGCAGAGUAUUAAUUCAAGAAAAGGUACACAGCAAUAUAAUUAUAUUAAUGACAUACAUGACGGUGAAUUACAUAAAAAAGUAAUUGCUAAUUCAGCACACAUUGUAAGUUAUAAUAUCAGCACAGAUGGAGCACCUUUAGGACAUAAAACUAAACGUAGUAUUUGGCCUUUGUCAGUAAUUUUGAACGAUUUGCCACCCAAGAUUAGAUUUGAAAAUGUUUUAUUAGCAGGUAUUAUGGUUGUAAAGCAAGAACCGACUCCUAAACUGAUGAAUUUAUAUCUUACAGUGUUUGUAGAACAAGCAGAUGCUUUAAGAGAAAAAGGUAUUUCUAUGACUCUUGAUAGUGGUCAAACCACAUUCACAUCAACAACGUUAUGCUUUUCAACAGAUUCUGUUGCUCGAGCGUUGACACAAUAUCGAGUAAAAUAUAAUGGUUAUUUUGGUUGUAGUUAUUGUUAUCAAAAAGGAACAUAUAUAUCGACUAUGCGAUAUCCUUUUGUAAAUGAAAAUCCGGAAUUAAGAACUCAUGAAUCCCAUAUGCGAGAUAUACAACAGUUUCAUUCAAGCCAAUCUUUAAUACAAUCUCGAGGAGUAAAAGGCAAUUCAGUAUUGAACUCAAUUUCAAAUUUUGAUAUGGUAUGGGGCUUUCCUUUCGACUACAUGCAUACAAUUCUGUUAGGGGUUGUUAAGCAUAUUUGGGAAUUAUGGGUAAAAACAUCGUUGAUACAUUUAACUGCUGCUAAAAUUAAGAAUAUUGAUGAAAGCUUACUUAAAAUCAAACCACCUCAUGACGUGAAAAAAUUACCACAUGUAAUAUCCGAUCAAAGUAAUUACAAAGCAAAAGAUUGGAAAUCAUGGCUAUUAUAUUAUAGCAUUCCAAUAUGUUUAGACUAUAUCCCCAAAAAGUAUUUACACCAUUAUGCUUUACUUGUAAAGUGUACUUAUAUUUUGUUAAAAUCAAAUAUUACAAAUGCUGAACUUAAUAAGUGCGAACAAGAUUUAAUGAUCUUUGUUGCUUUGUUUGAGGUCCUAUAUGGAAAAGAAUCAAUGCGGUUUAAUGUGCAUUUGUUGCUCCAUGCUGUUCAAUCUGUUCGGAAGUGUGGACCUUUAUGGGCUACAUCAACCUACCCUUUUGAAUGUAAUAUUUAUUUGUUAAAGCAGCUAGUUAAUGGACCAAAGGGCGUUGAGCAGCAAAUAGCUAAAAAGUCAUUACAGAUUUUGUCAUAUAAAGUAGGAAUGUCAAGUAGUUCAUCGCCGAAUCAUGUAAAAGCGUUUUGUGAGCAAUUGUUCAUGAAAAAUCAGUCGACUGUAAAUGUUGAAGUAAAUGAUGGAGUAGUAUUUUAUGAUUCACAACAUGUAUAUAUCUCAGAUAGCGCUCCAGUUACAACAAAACGGAUAUAUAACAAAUGUAUAUAUAAUAAUCAGGUGUACCAUAGUAAAAAUUAUAAACGAUCAAAAAAAUGGAACGACACUAUUGUACAGUUAAAAUGCGGAAAAAUUGUUAGAAUCGAUGAUAUAAUUAAUGUACCUGAAACAGGAUGCCACUUCUUAGUUACCACAUUCGUUGCCGAAAAAGUAAUUUUACAUGCAAAUGAAUGCACUGUCGAUGAAACAACGUCUCCAGAUGAGACAUUAGCAAGAAUUGGUGACAUUGAUAUGCCACAUAUGUGGAAAUUUGUAGAAGAGACGGGCCAACGAUUUGUAAUUUCAAUUCAUGAUGUUUGUUCGAAAAUGGUUGUCAUGGACGUAGGAACUGAGCAAUUUAUUUGCGCUAUGCCAAAUAUAUUCGAGAUUGACUAAAUAAAAGUUCGCAAUUUCCUAUA